UAAUCACUUAUCUUUUUUCCACAGAACAAGGAUGUAACUGAGGCAAUUCAAAAGGUUGCUGCUGCCUAUGACUGUAAAAUUGUUGAGGGUGUUCUUAGCCACCAAAUGAAGCACUUUGUUAUUGAUGGGAAUAAAGUUGUCCUUAGUUUGUCUAAUCCAGACACCAGAGUUGACGAAGCAGAAUUUGAAGAGAAUGAAGUUUAUGCGAUUGAUAUAGUAACCAGCACUGGAGAUGGCAAGCCUAAGCUGUUGGAUGAGAAGCAGACUACUAUUUAUAAGAGGGCUGUUGACAAGAGCUAUCACUUGAAGAUGAAAGCAUCUAGGUUCAUCUUCAGUGAAAUAAGCCAAAAAUUUCCAAUCAUGCCAUUCUCUGCUAGGGCUUUGGAAGAGAAAAGAGCUCGUCUGGGUUUAGUGGAAUGUGUCAAUCAUGAGCUCUUGCAGCCAUAUCCUGUUCUGCAUGAGAAGCCUGGUGAUUAUGUUGCACACAUCAAAUUCACAGUCUUGCUAAUGCCAAAUGGAUCCGAUAGAAUCACAUCUCAUCCUCUUCAAGAAUUGCAGCCCACAAAAACAGUAGAUGAUCCCGACAUCAAGGCCUGGCUAGCCUUGGGCACAAAGACAAAGAAGAAAGGUGGUGGAAAGAAGAAAAAAGGUAAGAAGGGGGACAAAGCAGAUGAGUCAGCUGAAGCUGAGCCUAUGGAGUCAACAAAUGGGGCUACACCUCAAGAUUGAGUUUAACCCUUUCCUUCUCCCCCAAUCAUGGAAGAAGUUUUUCAUUUCAUUUUCGACACCCCCUUUUCAAUUUUGGUACAUUGGUCACCAAAUUGUAUUUGCUUGGAUAUGAAUUUUAGUAUAGUGUUCAGACAUGGAUUCUGAUAGCAAUUUUUCAUUUGCACAUUCUAGUCGCAAAUAUUAACUUUUGACAAAAAAAAAAGAUUUUGCUUUGAAA